CGGCCUUGGACCUCGCCUGAGGAAGCAGCCGUACCGCCGACUCCCUGACCGGACUACGUAACGCCUCGCACUGUAUAACAGCUACGUAACGCCCUUCACUGUAUAACAACUGCGUAACGCCUCCCACUGUAUAACAGGCCAGGCAGACGUCUGUCCAUCCAUCGCACGUCCCACACGCCUGCUCGACGUUGAAUAGUCUCUCGCUCCGCCCGUCCUUUCUGUAAGCACGACGAGCGCGCACAAGCUGCAGGUGGCUGUCCGUCGUCUGUCACUUCCCAGAGCUGCUGGACGUAGUACACACCUUCCCCGCAAUCAUGGCCCAGAACAAUAUGAAUAGCUUGACAACCUUGAUAAAGCGGCUCGAAGCUGCCACCUCGCGCCUCGAGGACAUUGCUUCGUCGUCGUUUACGACCGACAGCGGCGCCAGCAAAACCGGAACGGCCGCCGCCGUGGCUGCUGGCGGAGCUGCUGCUGCCCCUGCCGCCGCGGUUCCCUCGCCCCGGGCCGUCGAGAGCCUGCCCCCGUCCAUUGCCGCCUUUGACGAGCUCGUCAGCACGGAGCUGAAGACAUGGCUGGACCUGAGCAGCAAGAUGGGCGCCGUCAUCGAGACGCAGUCCAAGGCCGUCGAGGGCGCAUUCGCAGCGCAGCGCGCGUUCCUGUCCAUUGCCAAUAAGGCGAAGAAGCCCGACGACCAGACCAUCAUGGGCUUCCUGAAGGACCUGCAGGCGUCGAUGGAGAAGACAGACGAGGUCCGCCAGAGCAACCGCGAGCCUGCGCUCAAGGACCCGCUGUCCAUGGUUGCCGACGGUGUUGGUUCACUGGGCUGGGUCACCAUAGGCGGCGGCGGCGGCCCCAAGCCCCACGAGUACAUCACCGAGCUGUUCGGCGGCGCCCAGAUGUACGGCAACAAGGUGCUUAAGGAGUACCGUGAUAAGCCGGAGAAGACAAACGUCGAGUGGGUGCAGGCCUACUACAAGCUGUUCAAGGCCCUCGCCGAGUACGCGAGGAAGCACCACCCCAGCGGUGUCGCCUGGAACGCCAACGGAAUCGAUGCAAAGGAGGCAGCCAGGCAAGUCUCCAGUGCGUCGGGCCCAGCUGCAGGCGCUAUCCCGGCGCCGCCGCCGCCGCCGCCGCCGCCAGCGGGAGGCAUCCCUCCGCCCCCCGGCCCUCCCCCGCCACCUGGUGCUGCUCCACCGGCCAAGAAGGCUGCGCCAGACAUGAACGCUGUCUUCGACGACCUGAACAGGGGCUCAGAUGUCACAAGGGGGUUGAAGAAGGUCGAUACAAGCCAGAUGACGCAUAAGAACCCGUCGUUGCGAGCACAGGCGCCAGUCCCAACACGGAGUGACAGCAACGGCUCGCUGCGCGGCAAGAGCCCGGCUCCUCCACGCAAGCCAGACACAAUGCGCACCAAGAAGCCGCCGAAGAAGGAGCUGGAUGGCAACAAGUGGAUUAUCGACAACUUCGACAGCCCCGGAGACAUUGUCGAAUUCGACGCCGAAAUCAACCACUCGAUCCUCAUCUCGCGCUGCAAAAACACCACCAUCCGCGUCAACGGCAAGGCCAACGCCAUCUCCAUUGACAACUCGAGCCGCACAUCCAUCAUCAUCGACUCGCUCGUCUCCUCGGUCGACGUCAUCAAGUGCCCCAACUUCGCUCUCCAGGUCGUCGGCACCCUGCCCACGGUUCUGCUCGACCAGGUCGACGGCGCGACCAUCUACCUCGGCAAAGACAGCCAGAACACGGAGAUAUUCACCAGCAAGUGCUCGAGCAUCAACAUCAACCUGCCCAGCGAGGACGACUACAGCGAGAACCCGCUGCCGGAGCAGAUCAGGAGCUACAUUGCGAACGGGAAGAUUAUCAGCGAGAUUGUGGAGCAUGCUGGUUAGUUUGGUGCGGAGCGACGGUCGGUCUUGGUAUAGCGCACAUGCGGCAUUGGCUUGGAGUUGUCGUUUGAUAUAUAGGCGGGAAAGUGGACUUUGCGGUAGACGUUGUGUAGACUAUACUAUCAUUCGAAACCCUACCUACGGCAGGCAUCUCGGCCUUGUGCUUGGCUGGUGCUACUUUGCAAUACUCGCUGCCUUGCUAUAUGGCAGCCAGAUGCCCGGGCCC